AUGGCUUUCGACGAGUUGAACGACAAAAUCACACCUGCCAACCCCAGCCGUGAAACAUCGCCAAAUCGCGGCUCCUCCGUCCAUCAAUCCAUUGCCAUACCCAAGCCCUGCAAACCACUCCGACAAUGGCAGCAAGAACAAAACAUCGACCGCGAUGCCCAAAUCAAACUCACAAAACUGGUGCAUAUGCGGUACCAACAUCCUGAUCUAGACGAAAUUACCACAUUCCUCCGUGACUUCGGCAUGAGCGUAGCCCAAAAAGCCCCAGGCAAGAAAUGGUUCAAAGGCUACGGCUCAGAUCAAUACGUCUACUACGCACAAGAAGGAGAAAAGAAGUUCCUGGGCGGCUGUUUCGAAGUAGAAAGCUACGCCGAGCUAGAGAAAGCGUCGAAAGUCGCGGGUGCUGGUCCUAUCGGGGAGUUGACCGACGCACCAGGCGGCGGCCACAUGAUCACAUUGCACGACCCAGAAGGCUUUCCCAUAAACCUGAUCCACGGGCAAAAGACAAAAGAACCUGGUCCCUUUCCCGAAGUCCUAACAACAAACUACGAAAACGAAAAGCCUCGCAUCGCGCGCUUCCAACGCUUCAAACCCGGUCCCGCCGCCGUACACAAACUAGGCCACUACGGCCUCUGCGUCCAAAACUUCCAAUCCGAAAUGCAAUGGUACACCCGCACCUUCAACAUCGUCCCCACCGAUUUCCUCUACAUCAACCCCAACCCGUCCGACCCCUCCCUCCCCCAACAAAAAGACGUAGCCAUCUUCGCGCACCUGGAUCUCGGUCCCGCAUACACAGACCACCACACCAUCUUCCUCUCCAGCAACCCCACUUCCCAUGUGCAUCAUUGCAGUUUCGAAGUCCAUGACUUUGAUACCCAGAAUCUGGGGCAUGAGUGGUUGGCGAUUGUUUGA